AUGGCAAAGACCGGCGGCCAAGACGUCGAAUUCGUCACCCUGGGCAUGUUCAUCAUCGAUGACAUCUACCCUCCGGAGCAGUCGGACCAGAAGCCACAGCUGAAUGUCAUUGGAGGUGCUGGAACAUACUCGGCCGUCGGCGCUCGUCUCCUCUCUCCACAAGCAAAGUCCAAGGCAGUAGGAUGGAUUGUAGACGCAGGCAACGAUUUCCCGGCUGAACUCCACGCCACUAUCGACUCCUGGAACACGAACGUUCUCAUUCGAGAUAGACCAGCACCUACCACCCGAGGGUGGAACGGCUACAGCGGCAACCAGCACCGAGCGUUCAAAUACCUGACUGAGAAGAAGCGCCUGACAGCAGACGACCUUACUCCUGAGCUGACAAAGGCAGAGAGCUUUCACCUCAUCUGUAGCCCGUUGAGAUGCAUCGAUCAGGUCAAGGACAUCUUGAAAUGGCGAGAAGUGGCGCCUGGUUCUGUUCGCUUACCUCGUCCACUCAUUAUCUGGGAGCCUGUGCCUGAUCUUGCAACUGCCGAGGAACUGGAAAAUACCAUAGCAGCCUUGAAAUACGUCGAUGUAGUCAGCCCCAACCAUGAGGAGCUCGCUGCACUAUUUGGGGUGUCUUCCGAAAAUGGGGUUUCCAAGACCAUGGUAGAGGACCUUGCAGGCCGCUUCUUGGCGAGCGGGAUUGGUGAAAAAGGCGAGGGUGCAGUCGUGGUUCGCGCGGGAGCCGUAGGCUGUUUCAUAGGUCAUGGCACGCAUGGCCGAUGGUUGCCUGCUUUCCAUCAAGAUCCCACCAAGGUCGUUGAUCCAACGGGAGGUGGCAAUGGCUUUCUUGGAGGCUUCGCAGUUGGACUGGUCCGGACCAAAGACUACGUUGAGGCCGCCAGAUGGGGCAGCGUAGCCGCGAGCUUCUGCAUCGAACAGACUGGAGUCCCAAAGCUUGACGCCCCAACCCUCUUUGGCCAACAGCACGAGAAGUGGAACGGUGUCAACGUCUUGGAGAGGCUGUCAGACUUCACCCGGAGGACUCCUCCAUGA